AUGGACAAUAUACCAGACACUUUCAAAGAAGAGCGUAAAAAACAGAUUGAACAACUACAAGAGAUUGUCUUACAUCAGAAACCUCAGAUCAGCAGCACCGAUGAAUCAUUGAAUGAUACAGUGGGAAGAGUUACUGAAGAAGAAGAACAAGAAGAAUUUCUUACCAGUCCAGUACGAGAAAAAGACUUCCUGAAUCACGUAAAGCGCACUGUCACAACUUACAAGAAAGAAAGCCACUUACUUGCGAGAAACAGUGCUACUGAAGUCAAAACACAGUUUCCAAGGAUGAAAUCAGCAGUUCUUCAAAUGCGGGAUAUCAGUGGAACAAGAAAACCAUAUUCUGUGCAAAUCAGCUACUCUUCGACAGUGUCGGUGCUUAACAACAAGAUUCAGUUUCCAUCAUUUCUCCGGACGGUACCAAGUGAUGAUUUCCAGUCCCGCGGUUUGGUAAAAUUAAUCAAGCACUUCAAAUGGAACUGGAUCGGGAUCCUGGCAGAAGAAGGUGACUAUGGGGAAAUGGGCUCUCAAAUCAUUAAAGAGGAGGCAGUAAAAGCUGGCACCUGCAUAGCCUUUCAUGAGAUAAUUUCUGCUACAUCUUCAGCAAUGAAAAUCCAGCAUGAAACAAAUGUGAUCAGGACCUCAUCGGCCACAGUUAUCUUGGUCUUUUCAAAUUCACCUGCCGUUCUUCCCAUUAUCAAUAAAAUAUCUAAUGAUAACAUUGCAGGAAAAGUCUGGAUUGCCAGUGAGGCUUGGUCAACCUCAGCUGUCCUGUCCAUAAAGGAGCUCUCUGACAUAUUACAAGGCACUAUUGGAUUUGCAGUACAUAAAAGGCACAUCGCUGGGUUUAAAGAAUUCCUUAUUAGCAUUCAUCCAUUUAAGCACACAGGUGACAUUUUCACUGAAAUAUUCUGGGAGCAGAUUUUUGGUUGCAAGUGGCCCUAUGGAGUGCAGAAUGAAACAUCUCUUCAGUCUUCAGUACAUAAAAUGGUCAUCUGCUCAGGCAAAGAAGAUCUGCUUUUAGCCAGUCACCACUCUUUCUUUGAUACAGACAGCUUGCAAGAUCCAUAUAGUAUUUAUAAUACAGUGUAUGCUGUGGCUCAUGCUUUACAUAAUCUCCUCUCAUGUCCAUCUUCAGGGCAUUUAUCGAGCAAAGGAGCAUGUACUAACCUCACUAAUAUACAAUCAUCUCAGCUUUUACAUUUCAUCAAAAAUGUCAAAUUUACAAAUGCUGCCAGUGAAAUAAUUUUCUUCGAUGCAGCUGGCAACCCACCACCGAAGUAUGACAUACUGAACUGGCAGCGGGCAGCUGAUGGCAGCACAGUAUUUCAGAAAGUGGGUUUAUUUGAUUAUCUGGCACAUGAAGAUGAGCAGAUUGUCAUUGAAGAUGGUUCUAUCAAAUGGAAUGGAGGAAAGUCGCAGACUCCAACCUCAGUAUGUAGUCCUGAAUGUAUUACUGGACACAGAAAGGUAACAAUCCGGGGUCAGCCUGUGUGCUGUUUUGACUGUGUAGCUUGUUCCAUUGGGGAGAUUGCUAAUGAGUCAGGGUCCACAAAAUGCUUAAAGUGCCCUGAUUCUCAAUGGCCAAACAGUAACCAAGAUAAGUGCCUCACAAGAACUGUGGAAUUCCUCGCCUAUGAAGAACCCGUUAGUAUAGCUCUGAGCACAUGCACUGGAGUUUGCUGUUUGUUAUCUUUAAUAACACUUAUCAUUUUUGUUAAAUACUUCAACAGUCCAAUUGUGAGAGCAAACAACAAUGUUUUAAGUCUUAUCCUGCUCACAGCACUGACGUUAUCUUUCUUAUGUACUUUUCUAUUCAUUGGACGUCCAACAGUUCAACUAUGCCUUGUGCGCCAGGCUGCAUUUGGAAUAGUAUUUGUAGUAUGUGUCUCCAGUGUGCUUGCAAAGACUAUAACUGUUGUAAUAGCUUUCAGUGCUACAAAACCUCACACUGCAAUGUCAACGUGGGUGGGCCCUAAAGUACCCAACAUUUUAGGUGUUUGUAGCACCUCUGUUCAGGUUUUUAUCUGUAUAUCUUGGCUACUUACUUCCCCACCAUUCCCAGUAGCUAACACAAAGACUUAUCCUGGCAAGAUAAUUCUUGAGUGCAAUGAAAAUAAUCCUGUAUUCUUCUGGGUAAUGCUAGGUUACAUGGGAUUGCUAGCUGUUUUAAGUUUUGUAUUGGCAUUUGUAGCAAGAAAGCUACCUGACAGCUUCAAUGAGGCCAAAUUUAUAACCUUCAGCAUGCUGGCUUUUGUGUCUGUCUGGUUGUCCUUCAUUCCUGCCUACCUGAGCACACAAGGAAAAUUUGCUGUUGUUGUUGAGAUAUUUGCAGUUAUAUUUUCCAGUGGAAGUCUGUUGUUCUGUAUAUUUUCCCCUAAAGUUUACAUCAUUAUAUUCAAACCGUUCAUGAACACCAGGGAAUAUUUAAUACGAAAAUGA